GAGAGAGAAGAGAGAGAGAGAGCGUUUGAAGUUUGAACAGUUUUGUCCUGGCUGUAAGAGAGUACACACGGCCAGUUAUUAAUAGAAACUUAUGGCGGGGCUUUUGCUCCGCUCAGCACUGCGUCUCCUCCCCGACUGGAACGAGAGACGAGCAAAGCUCUGUUUGAGCGAAUUAACCGCCUUUGCGUGCCCAUUGCACAAGCUUUUGGAGACUAGUAUUUUUGCAUUUGAGUUCUUCUUGGAAGCAUUCGUUUUGAAAAAAAAAUGCUUUUGGGGAGCUUGAGGAGGCGGUGAAGAAGCAGAUCUAGAGACUUCUAUAAGAUUUCUGGGUUUUUACCUUAGACGGAGGAGUCAUGGUUGGGAGUAUCGAAGUUGAUGUGAUGUCUGAUAAAUUGAAUGGAAAGGUUGUCCCGUUACCUGAGGAAUUUGAUCCAAUAGCGAUGAUUUCGGAUCCUUUGCCACCACAGGUGGUUGAGAAUGGAGGGAUCGUCGAUGACGAAGCUGAAGAUAAGCAGAACAGAGAGAUUGUAUUGGGAAAGAAUGUGCACACAAUGUGCCUUGCCGUCACGGAGCCUGACGCAGACGAUGAGGUAACGGGAGAGAGGGAAGCUUAUAUGGCCAGUGUAUUGGCAAGGUACCGAAGGUCCUUAAUUGAAAGGACGAAGCACCAUUUGGGUUAUCCUUAUAACCUGGACUUUGACUACGGUGCUCUGGCUCAGUUGCAACAUUUUUCCAUCAACAAUCUCGGUGAUCCCUUUAUUGAAAGCAACUAUGGAGUCCAUUCCAGACAGUUCGAGGUUGGUGUUUUAGAUUGGUUUGCUCGUCUCUGGGAAUUAGAGAAGAAUGAAUACUGGGGAUACAUUACAAAUUGUGGUACAGAAGGCAAUCUUCACGGUAUCCUGGUCGGGAGAGAAGUAUUCCCAGAUGGCAUUUUAUACGCAUCACGAGAGUCGCAUUAUUCAGUCUUUAAAGCAGCACGAAUGUACAGAAUGGAAUGCAUUAAGGUUGAGACUCUGGCCUCUGGUGAGAUUGAUUGCACUGAUUUCAAAGCUAAACUCCUUCCCAACAAAGACAAGCCAUCUAUUGUCAAUGUUAACAUAGGAACAACGGUCAAAGGAGCUGUCGAUGAUCUUGAUCUGGUUAUAAAAACCCUUGAAGACACUGGAUUUACACAUGACCGGUUCUACAUCCACUGUGAUGGGGCAUUGUUUGGGUUGAUGAUACCUUUUGUUAAACGCGCACCAAAAGUCACGUUUAAGAAGCCCAUUGGGAGUGUUAGCGUUUCUGGGCACAAGUUCGUGGGAUGCCCAAUGCCGUGUGGUGUUCAAAUAACCAGACUGGAGCACAUAAACGCCCUCUCAAGGAAUGUUGAAUACCUUGCAUCCCGAGAUGCCACCAUUAUGGGUAGCCGUAAUGGUCAUGCUCCAAUCUUCCUCUGGUACACAUUGAACCGUAAAGGAUACAGAGGUUUCCAGAAAGAAGUCCAGAAGUGCCUAAGAAAUGCUCACUACUUGAAAGACCGCCUUCGAUCUGCAGGGAUUGGUGCCAUGCUUAACGAGCUCAGUAGCACAGUUGUCUUUGAGCGGCCACAAGACGAGGAAUUUGUUCGCCGCUGGCAGCUUGCUUGUCAGGGUAGCAUUGCUCAUGUUGUGGUGAUGCCAAACAUCACCGUCGAGAAGCUUGAUGACUUCUUAAAUGAAUUAAUUGGGAAACGCUCAACCUGGUUCCAAGAUGGAAAGUCUCAACCUCCUUGUAUUGCAGCAGACGUAGGGAAGGAAAAUUGUGCUUGUGUCAUGCACAAGUGAUUCGUUAGUCCUGCAAAUGUUAUUCGCAUUCUAGUGUUACAUUUCUGUAGAUAAACAUUUUGGGUUUAAUAGUAAGUAGCUAAAAAGAUUAGAUCUGUU